UGGAGCGCUGGUUUGUAGUCAUAUUUCUUUCUCUGCCUGGGCUGGGCAGCUUCUGCUCGCCUCCAGUCCCCGUGCGUGCGGUGGGAACGGAGACUAGUCUGGAUUUGGAGAUGAGCUGGGUGAACCCACCGAAUCUGUGUCUCCAGUGAAGGGAAUAAGUGAGCAGCUAUUUGUGGCAGCCAGGACACGAUCCAUCUGUUCGCAGGUCUGGAGGGGGACCCGGCAGUGGCGGCGGUCGUGGUGGUGGCAGCCGUGGUGGUGGGAGAUGCCCGGGAGGCCCACGGAGGUCCAUGUGGCGCCCUAGGUGGGAUGCUGGCAUCCUGAAGGCCGAAGCCCUGGCCCUGCUCCCCUGUGGCCUGGGCAUGGCGUUCUCCCAGUCCCACGUGAUGGCCUCUCGACGGCACCAACAUGGCCGACUCAUCAUCGAGGUGGACGAGUACAGCUCCAAUCCCACCCAGGCCUUCACCUUCUACAAUAUCAACCAGGGCCGCUUCCAGCCACCGCACGUGCAGAUGGUGGACCCAGUGCCUCACGAUGCCCCAAAGCCACCUGGCUACACACGCUUUGUCUGUGUUUCUGACACUCACUCAAGGACAGAUCCCAUCCAGAUGCCCUACGGCGAUGUGUUGAUCCACGCUGGGGACUUCACGGAGCUGGGGCUCCCAAGCGAGGUGAAGAAGUUCAAUGAAUGGCUGGGCAGCCUGCCCUACGAGUACAAGAUCGUGAUCGCGGGCAACCACGAGCUGACCUUCGACCAGGAGUUCAUGGCUGACCUCAUCAAGCAGGACUUUUAUUACUUCCCGUCCGUGUCCAAGCUGAAGCCGGAGAACUAUGAGAACGUGCAGUCUCUGCUGACCAACUGCAUCUACCUGCAGGACUCAGAGGUCACGGUGCGUGGCUUCAGGAUCUACGGCUCCCCAUGGCAGCCCUGGUUCUAUGGCUGGGGAUUCAACCUCCCGAGAGGCCAAGCGCUCCUCGAGAAGUGGAACCUCAUCCCGGAAGGAGUUGACAUCCUUAUAACUCAUGGACCACCACUGGGCUUUCUAGACUGGGUCCCCAAGAAGAUGCAGCGUGUGGGCUGUGUGGAGCUGCUCAACACGGUCCAGAGGCGAGUCCAGCCCCGGCUGCACGUCUUUGGCCACAUCCAUGAAGGGUAUGGAGUCAUGGCGGACGGGACCACCACCUAUGUGAAUGCGUCCGUGUGCACUGUGAACUAUCAGCCUGUGAAUCCUCCCAUAGUCAUCGACCUGCCCACACCCCGGAACUCCUGACUGCUACCCACUCCAGCUCUGCCUGCCCACGUCAGCACCAUAUGUCUGGCCGAGAGCCUGGAUCCCCUAACCUACUUCCUCCCAUACAGAACAGUCCGGACAAUCCACUCGGCCAUGGGACCAGCCAAUCAGGAGUAGACUCCUUGGGAUAAAAGAAUUGGCCUUUGUCAGUCUUCUGCUGCCUGUACGGGGCCUUGCAAGCCCUGCCGGGGGCACCUGGCUCAUUUCCGUUCUGUGUGUGCGCACCUGCUCCUCCCUUCUAGGGCUGACAAGCUCACAGCCCUGUCUCGCUUGGGAAAUGGCAGAAGCUCCAUUCGACACCCUCCAGCUUUGAGAAGCCGCUGCUCUCGAAUGGGAUUUGGGAAGUUUUAUACAAGAUGUCUUGCUACCCAAGUGCGUCUGUGUGGCUUGUGAGCUACAAGGUCGGGGCGGGGAUGUAUGGCCUGGGCACAGGCAGCUCUUCUCUGGCUGGAGGAAAGGAGUUAGGCCUGCUCCUUGUGUGCAUGGGUCUUGGGAGUGUUCAGGGACAUCUCAGGAAUUCUGACAGCCCCUGGCCAGGCCUAGAGCAGAUGGCUUGGCUUAAUCCCCCAUUCCUUCCUCAGGACCCUGCCGACAGUGUGGACAAUGGCUGAGUGUCCCCAGCUACUGCUCAGAGCCUGGAUUUGGGUGGGUGGGGGGGCUUUGUUCUUCUGGGUGGCCAGAACCUGCUGGUUACUCAUCACAGUGAGGCCAUGUUAGAUCCCCUGGGACCAAACUGUGUUGUAGAUCACAGUGGCCAGGGGGUUCUGCGGGCUGAGGCCCUGGGCCUGGUCAUGUACAUGCCCCACGUGUGUGGCACGUGUGCUCCUCCAAACCUAACCAGGUUGUUAGUGUCUAAAAUGGGCUCCAUCCUUGAUGUGAUUGAUUUCUCCUCAGAGGCUUCCAGGAAGCUUGUCAGUACCACCGACCACCGGGAGGUGGCGCAGUGACAGAGCUGCCCUGGGUGCUGAUGGCAACCCUGCCUCUGCAGGCUUUCUUGAGUUAGGCCUGGGUGAGCCCAGAGUGGGCAGAGCCAGUAGGCUCUGAGUCAGGGGGAGGCAGAAUCCAUCGCUGUCUAUUUAAAAUUCCGAUAUUUGUUCUUUGUGGACUGUUUUUGCACUCAUUCUGGUUCUUAGUAACAUGUCACUAAAAUAGUAUUAUUUGUCCCGACUCUCGAUGUUUUACACCCUUUAUGCCAUGCAUCAGACACAAAGGCCUCACUUGCUUGGCCUGGCUCCAGCCUUGGGGACCAGCUAUCCUGGUACCUUUACUCGGUAUAAUUUUGCUUUAUCAUCUACAGACAUUCCUGGAAGGUAGGUACUCUUGCCCUGUUACAGAGAUGAGGCCACUGAGGCCAGAGAGGUGAGGUCACUUGCCUGAGGAUGCACAGCACAAAGCAAAGGAGGCAGCAAUGAAGUCUGGCCCUCCAUCCCUGGCCACACUGUCACCACUGGAGUUCCCUCUCUCUACAUGGCAGGGCCUGGAUGGAGUCUUGCUUAAUUUGGAAGGGUCCUGUUCAAAGCUGCCUCCUGUUCGUUCUCAACCGAGAGUCUCUCAGACUGUAAGGAAUUCUGAGCUUUCAGCUCAGCAUCCCAGCAUCCUGUGAGACCCACUCCCAAGUCUUUCUCUGAGUGAGUGAGCUGGGCUCUGUGGCUCACUGUGGGUGAGGUUGCAUUCCCAGGCCACCUUUGGUGCACUACACUGGCCAAGACAACUGUGUCCCACAGGCCACAGGGCUGUGGAAUCUUGCUUGGGCCAAAUGGUUCCUGGUGUGUGUGGGGCAUUUACAAGGUCUCUCCUUGGUGCCUCAGAUGCAUGGCGUGUUUGGGGCAGAGAAAAUACAUCUCCCCUGUGCUUUUUCAGCUCUGCAGUUUUUAUGUGGACCAAGAACUAUAAACUUAAAAAGCUUCCUAGGGCAUCUUCAGAAUGCGGCAUAUUUUUGUGUGGAGAAGAAAAGCUGUGGAAUGUGGAAGCAGCUGUCUUGAAGAGAAGAUUCAUUGAAAGUCCUCAAGAUCUGAAAGAUGGCGGCCUGCUCCUCAAUCAUUUUGGCAUAAUUUGAUUGUGGCUGUAAUUUUUUUGUCAAGCAUGUCAGACAAUAAAGUCUUUGUAAAAAGAAAA